CCGCAGCGAUAAUUGUUAUCAUCUAUUUUGUAAACAGCGAUUGUGACCACAACCCACAACACAACUUGUUUUUCAAUUUUUCAAAUUUUCAAAAUCAGUGGGAAAAUUCCCGAAAGGGCUGCCAACCUAGCGUUACAUAACCACAUCAAAUAACCUUCAUUUCCAACAAUGGCAAAAAAUUCGAAAAACCAAAUUAUGAGAUAAAUAUCGUAAAUAUACUGUGAUGACUCGCUGACGGACCAAAGAGAAUCAAGUCCAAUUAAUCGUUAUUAGAUGUAGGCCUCCAACAGGUUAAGUCCUAAUUGAUUUAAUUAGCCCCAUUAAGUCGUAAACCAUGUCCACAUUAUCUAAAUUACGGUUCUAAUCCCCGAAAAAGCAAUUUUGGUGUUGACAUGUCAUCGAAAAAGGCGCCAAGUUUGAACUGGUACCAGCGUUUCACUUACACCGUUGUCAAUUUCACAGAAUAUGUAUUUUACAAUUUGGGGCGCCGUGUGGGUCAGAAUCCGAAGAAAACGAUUUUGAUUUGCUGGAUUUUUGUGUUCCUCAGUUCGUUGGGUUUUUUGCGCUUCCAUCAGGAAAAAAACCCGAUGAAGUUGUGGGUGCCACGAAACUCAAAAUUUGUUAAAGACACGGAGUGGUUAAUGCAAAAAUUCCAGCUAGGGUAUAGGCCACAAGUCGUCCAAAUCGUCGCAAAUGACGUACUUACACCGGAGGUCUUCCAACAACUUUUAGAACUCGAUUUUAGCGUAGACAGCGCUAGAACUGGGAAAAAUGUCACAUGGAGUGAUGUUUGCUUCACGAUUCCGAAAGUCAAUAAAGAGUUAAUACGUUUGAUGGAAGGAGAUAAUAAGGGAAACUCGAGUGAGAAAGACCCCAGUGUCACAAUGAACGCGGCUCUCUACUGCAGUUUUGUCGAGAUUAUGGAAAAUGAGUGUUUCAAAAAAAGUAUUUUAGAACUGUGGGACUACAACCCCUCCGUUAUAAACCAACUCACCAAGCCCGACAUUUUGAGCACCCUCAAUAAUUACGACGAAAACGCCAUUAUGGGGCGUUUUAAAAACUAUAAAGAGCUACUCGGUGGUGUGACUUAUAAUGAAACGGGUCACAUCGUUGCGGCCAAGUCUUUGCAAAACUUUUGGAUGGUUUCUGUUAAUUUUACUACAGUAGAUAUGGACAAAACCGGGAAUAAUGCCGGAACUGCUGAUUGGGCUUCUGAAGACGCCCUGGAGUGGGAGUCCGAGUUUUUGAAAACAGUGGAAGACUUCAGAUACGAGUCGAAUUUGACUUUUUUUUACACAGCUUCGCGAAGCUUUGGUGAUAUAAGCAAUGCGACGAUGUUCCAAGACAUUGGCAUACUCUGCAUAGGUAUUUUUAUAAUGGUGAUAUACGUACAAUUUGUGAUAUCUAAAUUUAAUUGGUUGGAAGCACGGGUGACUUUAGGUUGCAUUGGCCUCCUAACUGUGGGUAUGGCGUUUAUAGUAGGUUGCGGUUUGUGUUCCCUGAUUGGUAUUUCCUACGGCCCUGUCCAUACCUCUCUUCCUUUCCUUUUAAUGGGCUUAGGGAUCGACGACAUGUUCGUCAUAAUGGCAUGUUGGGAGGAGUUGACCAAAGAACAGAAGAAACUCCCCGUCUCCGAACGAAUCGGUCUAAUGUUGAAACAUGCGGGAGUUUCAAUUACAGUAACCUCAGUUACCGACAUUCUUGCCUUCAUUAUAGGCGCCUCGACUAUCCUGCCGAGCCUUGAAUCCUACUGCCUUUACGCGGCGUUUUGUGUCUUCAUGACGUUCAUUUUCGCCGUAACUUUCUUCACGGCGUGUUUUGUGCUCGACCAGGAGCGAAUUGAGCGGAAGCAGAAUGGGAUUAUAGUGUGUUUGAAGCACGAGAACUACGAAGCGAACGAGUGCAGCCAGAGGCAAAUUUCAAAUAGAUUUUUUCACUACGUGUACAGUAAAGCGGUAUUAACGACCACAGGAAAAACUGUUGUCAUCCUGAUUACUGUGAUAUGUUUAGGGUUUAGUUUAGAAAGUAUUAGGAAAUUGGAGCAGCGGUUCGACCCCACGUGGUUCAUCCCUCAAUCGACUUACUUUGCCGAUUAUUUGAGGGCGCGAAAGACUUACUUCCCCACAAGUGGGUUCGAGGCUGGGAUUUACAUGGGGGCGGUUAACUAUAGCGCCGAGUUGCUUAAUAUCAAAAGAAUGGUCGGUGAGUUGGCAAACCACAGCGAUAUCGCCCUGGGGGUGGUUUCGUGGGUCGACCCGUUUCGGAACUUCGUCAGAACCAACUUCCACACAGACAUAUACCAGGAGGUGCUAAGCGAUACUUAUUUCAGUUUGUAUUUAUCCAUGUUUUUGUUCAGUGCGCGGAACGCGGAGUAUCAGGCCAACUUCCGGUUCGAGCGCCCUCUAGAAUGUGGAGUUGCGGCCCCGAAUAUAAUUAUGUCAAGCAUAGACUUCCAUUUCAACCAGUUUAAGGGCCCUGAGGAGUACCUCCCGGCCAUGCACACCGUGCAGGACGUGGCCACAAGCAGCAAUUUCUCAACAGGGGACGGGUUUAUCACCGUUUGGUCGAAGGUUUUUGCGACGUGGAUCACAGACGAAUUGAUAGAAACCGAAGUUAUGCGGAAUCUCCAACUGGCGUUGCUCUGCGUCAUGGUCUGCACCGCGUUACUGAUAGCCGACCUGCAGGCCUGUUUUUGGAUUUUUAUUUGCGUUCUAUUGACUAUGGUCAAUGUUUGUGGGUUUAUGCAACGUUGGGGCCUCACUAUUGACUUGGUUUCCUGCAUCGGGCUAGAGCUAGCGAUUGGACUGUGCGUGGAUUAUGCCACGCACAUCGGACACACUUUUUUGACAAUAAAAGACGGGACUAGGAGGGAAAGGGCGCUCAAAACUGUGACUAGUAUUGGCUCUGCCGUGGUCUACGGCGGCAUUUCGACGCUGAUUGGCGUUUUCAUGCUCAGCCAGUCUGAGGCCUACACUUUCCAAUCAUUUUUCAAGAUUUUCUUCCUGGUGAUAGUGUUUGGAUUGUUCCACGGUGUGGUGUUGCUUCCUGUUAUACUGAGCUGGGUCGGUCCGCGGCCGUAUAAUGUCGGUACAAUUGUGCGGCAGAGUGAUACAGAAAUGACAUGAUUGUAUUAGUGUAGGGGGGUAAUAAAGAAUAAAACAUUG